AAGCAACGGGUGGUCAUAGCAUUACUUCAUUUCUGUUUUUCGUUUCUUUCAUUAUUUCCCUCGGGAUUGGGAUGAGGACUUAAUUCCUAAAGAGGGGAAGACACAAAUCAAACCUUCCUUUUCAUGUCAGCACUUAGUGCUGCCAUAUCAUUUUUGUUUUUUGUUCCAUCACAUGGUUUUUACUUCGCUUUUGUCGUAAAAGUAAAACUUCUUUCCAAUGAUACAGAAAGCAGUGCAAGCGAGUCCGAAGAAUAGGUUUGCAUGGCAUGUUUGGGGAGUCUUUGAAGCUAACCUAGGUAAUGUCGAUUUAGGAAAGAAACUUCUGAAGAUAGGGCAAGCAGUGAAUCCAAGAGAUCCCGUCCUUCUUCAAUCGCUUGCACUAUUGGAAUACAAAUACUCAACUGCAAAUGUAGCACGAGUUUUGUUUCGGAGGGCAUCUGAGCUGGAUCCAAGGCACCAACCUGUGUGGAUUGCCUGGGGAUGGAUGGAAUGGAAAGAAGGAAACUUAGCUACGGCUAGGGAAUUAUACCAAAAAGCAUUGUCCAUUGAUUCAACUAGCGACAGCGCUGCACGCUGCCUUCAGGCUUGGGGUGUUUUAGAGCAGAGGGUCGGUAAUUUAUCUGCAGCACGAAGAUUAUUUAGGUCUUCGCUUAACAUAAAUUCUCAAAGCUAUGUAACAUGGAUGACGUGGGCAGCUUUCGAAGAAGAUCAAGGGAAUUCUGUGCGUGCUGAGGAAAUUCGGAACCUCUAUUUCCAACAGGUAAUUCAGCAUGAAUAAGUGCAUUAAUACCCA